CAACCUUGGAAGCAAGGUGUUCGUGUCGACACCCUUGGAGGCACCCUUGGAGGCAAGGUGUUCGUGUCGGCACCCUUGGAGGCACCCUUGGAGGCAAGGUGUCGGUGUGAUGCAAAAACAAGACAGAGCCCUGCACGCUUGCUGGAUGAGGCCCCGAUCAAGAGGUUGGCAAAAAGGGCAGAGAGCUAUUUUGUUCCUGCCCGGAACUUUGCAAUUCCAAUUCCCUGGUUAGGAUUAGAUGCGGGGUAUGCUGAUUUCUUGUCGACGCAAAGCUCUGUUCCCGGUGCUGUUGCGGCGUGGCUCGGGGUUUUCAGCUUGCGCACCAGACUGCGUCUACUCAACUUCUCCAAUCUAUGGGCCACUUCGCCAUCUUGACUGCCAACAAGCCACGACGGGCAGCUAUCUCGAAACCUACAAUGGACCCUAUUACCGUCGUUGGCGCAGCGACCCAGAUCUUCGGUCUGUGCAAUGCUAUCCUGAAGACCCUUAAAACCUCCGCCCAGUCCAAAGUACUCCAGCCGGGCUUGCGAUUGAGUGUUCAAAUCCUUCACCAGACACUCGAGAGUUCGCUAGCGGUAUAUGAAGCCCUCGCAGAGGAGCUAGAGAUAUUAGACGAAGACAUCAGCCAGCAGCUCCUACCCGAGCCAACUAGACCGGACACACUCCCCGACCUCGUCUUCGCGAGCAUAUCGACCCUGGAAGAAAUGAACUCCCUCUUUCUUCGUCUACAGACCCAAAGCGACAGCGGAAUAUCCAGGUUGGCAGCAGCGCGGAUAGAAGAGCGGUGGGAAUCGAGAGAGAGCAUCCGCGUUGAAGCUGCCCGGCUGGAGGAGUGGUACAUCCUUGUUCGGAGGUCGAAGUGUCUCUAUCACGCUGACAGCCUCCAUAGCUUGCAGGAACUCGAACGUUUCGUCGACGACAACCGCGCCAAGAAACUCGCUCUCAGAUCCGCCGACGACGUCUACAAAGCAUCCGGGGCAUUAAUAUGCCAUGUGGGUAGACUGGGCGAGACGGAGCACAACGAUAAAGCGGAAGGGUGGGCG